CAGAAGGUUGGGUUGGGUUUCUCAUUGAGUGUUGGCUUGGCAGAUGGUUGGAUUGGGUUCCUCAUUGCGAGUUGGGUUGGCAGAAGGUUGGGUUGGGUUUCCCAUUGAGUGUUGGGUUGGCGGAAGGUUGGAUUGGGUUCCUCAUUGAGGGGGUUGGGUUGGGUUGGGUUAAGUUUCCCAUUGAGAGUUGGGUUGGUUGAAGGUUGAGUUGGAGUGGGUUGGGUUUCUCAUUGAGAGUUGGGUUGACAGAAGGUGUGGUUGGGUUUUCCAUUGGGUGUUGGAUUGGCAGAAGGUUGGAUUGGGUUUCUCAUUGAGGGUGUUGGGUUGGCAGAAGGUUGGGUUGGGUUUCCCAUUGAGUGUUGGGCUGGCAAAAGGUUGGAUUGGGUUUCUUAUUGAGGGUGUUGGGUUGGCUUGGGUUGGGUUUCCCAUUGAGAGUUGGUUUGGCAGACAUUUGCGUUGGGUUUCCCAUUGAGUGUUGGGUUGGUAGGAGGUUGGCUUGGGUUGGGUUUCCCAUUGAGUGUUGGGUUGGUAGAAUUGGGUGGACCCCAAAAUACCCCCAAGAUACCAAUAUCGGUUGAGUCUCCCUUAUUACAGAAUCCGGUGCAUCCUAUGUGUUUUCAAUGGAUCUACUCCAGUUAGGACUAAUUAAUAUUAGUCAGACCUUAACAAAUUGCAGAUGUGGAGAAGUUUUGCAUGCAUUUGAAGCAAGCCUUGGUUUCUUUUUUGCAAAUGAGAGACCUGACUUUGCAACCCUUUUUUCUCUUCCUCAAGAUCCUCUUCAAAGACCUUUUCCGAUUCCUCUUGGUCUAUGUGCUUUUCAUGAUUGGAUAUGCCUCAGCCUUGGUCUCCUUGCUGAACCCGUGUCCCAGUUCGGAGUCCUGCAGCGAGGACCGCGCCAACUGCACCGACCCCAGUUACCCUUCUUGCCGGGACAGCCACACCUUCAGCACCUUCCUCCUUGACCUCUUCAAGCUGACCAUCGGCAUGGGGGACCUGGAGAUGAUCGAAAAUGCCAAGUACCCGGGGGUCUUUGUCAUCCUCCUGGUCACCUACAUCAUCCUCACCUUCGUCUUGCUGCUCAACAUGUUGAUCGCUCUCAUGGGGGAGACGGUGGGACAGGUCUCCAAGGAGAGCAAGCAGAUUUGGAAGCUCCAGGUAAGGACGAGUGUCCCUCCAUGCCCUCCGAGUUCCAGGGACUGA